AUGGCUACUCCCUCGGUGCUUUGCAUAUUCCGUCAUGAUUCCAUAAUACGUACUACGGGUAAUGUCGCCCGUACAUACACGAUCAACCAAACGCCUUAUAAAUUGUGUGCAUAUAGAUAUUGGAGGAUCCUUAUUUUUCCCUUGCUACCUUGUUUACUUGCACUGAUGGAGUCAGCCUCGGAGGCACUCUUCCUCUCUGACCACACACCACCCGCCCACGAGACAACUAUUGCGACCACCCGGUACGGCGAGGCCGCCAUAGGGUGGAUCGGUGGACGAUAUCUCGAGCACAAGAAACAAUCAAUCCGCAAGACCAGGUCCCUCUCCGGCGCCAUGGCUGCUCCCGCCCCGCCCGAAGACCAGGUCCGCCUGCUCGGCGAUGCCCUCGAGGCAGUGCGCCACCAGACAGCCCUGAUGCGCAAGUGCCUCGACAUGCCUGGCAAGCUCAUGGACGCCCUCAAGUGCUGUUCCACCCUCGUCUCCGAGCUGCGAACCUCCAGUCUCGGCCCGAAGCAGUACUACGAGCUCUACAUGGCCGUCUUCGAUGCCCUCCGCUUCCUCUCCGUCCACCUCCGAGAAAACCACCCCGUGAACCACCUUGCCGACCUGUACGAGCUCGUCCAGUAUGCCGGCAACAUCGUCCCUAGGCUCUACCUGAUGAUCACCGUCGGCACCGCCUACAUGUCCAUCGACGGCGCCCCGGUCAAGGAGCUGAUGAAAGAUAUGAUGGACAUGAGCAGGGGCGUCCAGCAUCCCAUAAGAGGCCUGUUCCUGAGGUACUACCUGUCCGGGCAGGCCCGCGACUACCUGCCAGCAGGGGAAGGAGACGGCCCGGAAGGCAACCUGCAGGACUCCAUCAACUUCAUCCUCACAAACUUUGUCGAGAUGAACAAGCUGUGGGUUCGCCUGCAGCACCAGGGCCACUCGAGGGAGCGCGACCUGCGCACCCAGGAGCGCAAGGAGCUGCAGCUGCUCGUCGGCAGCAACAUCGUGCGCCUGAGCCAGCUCGUCGACCUCGAGGCAUACAAGAACGGCAUCCUUGGUCCCCUGCUGGAACAGGUCGUGCAGUGUCGUGACGUGCUCGCCCAGGAGUACCUUCUCGAAGUCAUCACCCAGGUCUUCCCAGACGAGUACCACCUCCACACCCUCGACCAGUUCCUCGCCGCCGUGUCGCGCCUGAACCCACACGUCAACGUCAAGGCCAUCGUCAUCGGCCUCAUGGACAGGUUGUCCGACUACGCCGAGCGAGAGGCCCAGGAUGAGGCCACGGACGACAGGGCAAAAGUCGAACAGGACGCCCUGGUGCAACUGUUGGAAAAGGCCCGCCUUGGAUAUGAGGAACCCCAGCCUGCUCAGCAAGCCCCCGACAAGCCAGAACAGGCGGUGGCAGGCGAGAAUGGUGCCACCCACGGCGACGAUGCAUCCUCAGCGGCCGGCACACUCCCCGCGGAGCCAGAGCCUGCAGCAUCGGUAGCAGAGACCGAUGCCACAGCCGUCAACGGAGAGGAGCCAGGGUCGCCGCUCAAACAUCGCGGAAUCCCGGAGAAUGUCGCUCUCUACGACAUCUUUUUCGGUCAGGUACAGCAUCUGGUUGAGGCGCAGCGCUUGCCCAUACAGGACACCAUCGCGCUGCUGGUCUCGCUCACAAAUCUUGCCCUCAACAUCUAUCCCGAACGCCUAGACUACGUUGACCAGGUCCUGGACUAUGCCAACGCAAAAGUACACGAGCAUGCCAAUAGCGCCGACUUGCACUCGCCUGUUGCCCAGCAAAGCCUGCUCGCUCUACUCCAGGCCCCGCUGAAACGAUACGUCUCCAUAUUCACAGCCUUGUCUCUGCCAUUCUACGUGCCGCUCUUCCAGUCCCAGACAUAUCCAACCAGGCGCGCGGUUGCUGGUGAGGUUGCGCGCACUCUUCUCAAGAACCAGACGCCGAUAUCCACGGCCGCGCACUUGGAGAACGUGCUCGGCGUGCUCGCUGUCUUGAUCAAGGAAGGCUCUCAGUCCCAGGGGUACCCGGGCGUUUCAUCGGCGCGAUCCCGCGCCAUGGAGACGGACGAGACCAUGGAGGAGCAAGGCUGGCUGGCAAGGCUGGUGCACCUGCUUCAGGGCGAGGACAAUGAUACCCAGUUCAAAUUGCUGCAGAUGACGCGCAAGGCAUACGCAGAGGGCAACGAGCGCAUACGCACCACGACACCGCCCCUCAUCACUGCAGGCAUGAAGCUGGCCCGCCGAUACAAGAAACGCGAACACUACGAGGACAACUGGUCCACCCAGUCCUCGGCACUGUACAAGUUCAUGCAUUCCGCACUGUCCCAACUCUACACUCGUGUCAAUGGCGCUGGCGCUUCGGAACUUGCUCUGCGCCUGUUCUGCGCCUGCGGGCAGACUGCCGACCAGACGGGCCACGAGGAGGUGGCAUAUGAGUUCUUCGCGCAGGCUUUCACUGUCUACGAAGAGGCUGUCAGUGACUCCAAAGCUCAGUUCCAGGCCGUGUGCGUGAUAUCUAGCGCUCUGCACACCACGCGCAACUUCGGGAAGGAGAAUUAUGACACUCUUAUCACCAAGUGUGCUCAACACGCCAGCAAGCUGCUGAGAAAGCCGGAUCAAUGUCGCGCUGUGUACCUGGCAAGCCACCUCUGGUGGGCGACACCGAUCCCAGGAAAUGGAGAAGAAGACGGGAAAGACCUCUACCGUGAUGGCAAACGCGUCCUCGAGUGCUUACAGCGUGCACUCAGGGUGGCUGACUCCUGUAUGGAGACGGCCACUUCCAUCGAGCUUUUUGUUGAGAUUCUGGACAGAUAUGUCUAUUACUUUGACCAGCAUAAUGAGUCGGUCACCACGAAAUAUCUGAACGGGCUGAUCGAGCUGAUUCACUCGAACCUCGCUGGUAAUCAGCAGGACUCAUCGUCAAUCGAGAACAGCAAAAAGCAUUUCUUCCAUACACUCGAAAUCAUCAAGAGCAAGGAGUACGAGGGUGUCGUUCUGACGCCAAAAUAA